UCUUUAACUGAUUUAAAUUAGUUGGGAAUAAAAUAAUUUUCCGCAUAUUUACGGCCGUUUUAAUGUGUUGUUAUGGCAACGAAACCACCUCCCGUGUUUUCUGGACGAUAACGUUAGCAAACAUAAAACCCGGUUGUCAAAGAGUUGGAGUUUAUUAACUUGUUACACUUUUAGGCACCUGUAAAUUAUUCAACUACCGUCGCAUUCAUGGCUCAUUACAGAGCCUCAGAAUCUAAGCGAGAACAAUUUAGAAGAUAUCUAGAAAAAUCUGGCUUCCUUGACACUAUAACAAGCGUUUUAGUGGCACUUUAUGAAGAGACUGAUAAACCUAACAAUGCUCUGGAUUUCAUAAAGCUUCACCUCGGCGCGAGUGGCCCUGAGCCAGCAGACGUUGAGGCUCUUCGCAUGGAGCUGGCUGAUCUACAACAGAAAUGCAACCUGCUCGUGGAGGAGAACAAAGAGCUGAAAAACAGGCUGAUGCAGUACGAACCAUCACCUGAGGAUGAAGCAGCAGAGUAGAAACACGGGGUUUGUCAUUUCUGUCUGGGGUAAAAAAAGAAAAGAAAAACAUUAAAUAAUAGCCUUUUUUGAAUAUUAUUUAAAAUGUUUAUUACAUAAUAUUGUACAGUGAACACAAAAUCACUGCUAUUUGUUAUAUAACAACAAGCAACUUUUUUGCUUUGUCAUAAAUAAAAAUGUUUUUCAUCA